UUUGGUUCGCAGACAUGGGCACACCACAGAAGGAUGUUAUAAUUAAAUCAGAUGCACCUGACACCCUGUUACUGGAGAAACAUGCAGAUUAUAUUGCAUCCUAUGGCUCCAAGAAAGAUGAUUAUGAAUACUGUAUGUCUGAGUAUUUGAGAAUGAGUGGCAUCUAUUGGGGCCUGACAGUAAUGGAUCUCAUGGGACAGCUUGAUCGCAUGAACAGAGAAGAAAUACUGACAUUUAUCAAGUCAUGUCAACAUGAGUGUGGUGGCAUAAGUGCCAGCAUUGGACAUGAUCCUCAUCUUUUGUACACUCUUAGUGCUGUCCAGAUCCUUACUCUAUAUGAUAGUAUUAAUGUUAUUGAUGUAAAUAAGAUUGUGGAAUAUGUUCAAAGUCUACAGAAAGAAGAUGGUUCUUUUGCUGGAGAUAUUUGGGGAGAAAUAGAUACAAGAUUCUCCUUCUGUGCAGUGGCAACUUUGGCUCUCUUGGGGAAGCUUGAUGCUAUUAAUGUGGAAAAGGCAAUUGAAUUUGUAUUGUCCUGUAUGAACUUUGAUGGUGGAUUUGGUUGCAGACCUGGUUCUGAAUCUCAUGCUGGGCAGAUCUAUUGUUGCACAGGAUUCCUGGCUAUUACUAGUCAGUUGCAUCAAGUAAAUUCUGAUUUACUUGGCUGGUGGCUUUGUGAAAGACAGUUACCCUCAGGUGGACUCAAUGGAAGGCCAGAGAAGAUUAAAGCAGAGCUGCCUCAAAUUCGUGAUCCUCCUACCUCAGCCUCCCUACUGUUGGGAUUUCAGGUGUGUACCAUCAUGCUUGGAUUGAGGUUUUUGGUUUGGUUUGGUUUUAGGAAAACCCAUCUUUUGCCAUUUGGUGUGGAGGAAAGGUUAUUACUUCCACGUGUACUUAGUUAAAUUAGAUCUGUAAAGGCCAUAGCCUAUUAGUUAAUAUAGGUUGAGUGUCUACUCUGGAUCCAAAUUGGUCCAAAAUCUGAAAGUUUUGGAUGCUAACAUUAUGUUGUAAAGUGGAAAAUUAAUUUCUGACCUCAUGAUGGGUUACAACAGACAUGUUGUGCAAGGUAGAAACCUUGCAUAAAAUUACCUUCAUUUCAGUGAAACCCUUUGUACAACCUAUUGGCUAAUAAAAAUGUACAGUUCUUCAAGCUAUGUGUGUAAAGUACACAUGAAUGUUUAUGGAAAUGUUCGGAGAGUUAAUUCUAUGCUGUGGUCUUGCAACAUUGUCUUAUAGAGCUCACAGAUGUGACUGCUAAACCUUUCUGUGCAUUACCUUUUGUAUUUCAUAGCAAAAUCAAAGCUAAUGGCUAUUAGAUUGUAGUCUUAACUUUGACUCAAGUGCUGUAGCUUGCUCUUUCCCUGACCUGUGAAUUGCCAUUGGUGGUGCUUUCAUCCAGCUGAUGCAGCUUUCUAAACUUUGUUUGCUCUGUAAGGAAAUAGGAUCUUCAAUAGUCUGAUUUUUAAAGAGCUGAGAAACUGUCAAUGUAUAGAAAAAUGGGUGGCCGUUGGGAACAUUAAGAACCUAUACUUAGCAAUCUGGGGCAGCUUUAAUGUGCUUCAUGAAUCUUUCACGGGGCUCAUUAAAAUGCAGAUUAUGAUUCAGGGUAGGAUGUGCAUUUCUUAUAAACUCAUAACCACAUUUGAGGACCCCAUCUUUUGGUAAGUGUGUAUUCACAUGGACAGUGGUUGGUCAAAGUGCUCCACCUUGGAAAAUGGAACAUCACCAUAGAUUUCAUGAGCCUAUACUACUAGCCUCUUGAUUAAGGGGCUGAAUUGGGCAUUAAAAAAGGCAGAUGGAUGGUUGGUCUUCUCAUUACAACACUCGCUUGUAGAUGUUUUGUUUGGGGUUUUGUUUUGAUAUAUUCUUGAAUUCUAAGCUGUCCUUAAGCUCUCCAUCCUCAUG